AUGGCGGCCACCGAGUACAAGCUCAAGUCCGUCUCCUCCCUCGACCUUCGCCCUGGCGAGAAGCAUGAGGUCGAGGUCGAGGGCAUCGAGGGCGGCAAGGUCCUGCUCGUCAACGCCGGCGGCAAGAUCCAGGCAGUCGGCUCAAAGUGCACCCAUUACGGCGCGCCCCUCGUUAAGGGCGUCCUGACCACCAACGGACGCCUGACCUGCCCGUGGCACGGUGCCUGCUUCAACGCGAAAACAGGCGAUGUCGAGGACGCCCCGGCCCUCGACGCGCUGCCCGUCUUCAACGUCACCGAGCGUGACGGCGCCGUCUACCUGACCGGCGAGGAGGCUGCCAUCAAAGGCAGCCGUCGCAAGCCGAACUUUAAGUGCCGUUCUGCCGCCGGGGCUGGCACCGACAACAAGGUUGUCAUUGUCGGCGGUGGCUCUGGUGCGCUCGGUGCCGUCGAGGGCCUGCGCAACGGCGGCUUCGACGGUCCCAUCACCAUCAUCUCCAAGGAGGGCUACCUGCCUAUCGACCGGCCCAAGCUGUCCAAGGCCCUGCUGACCGAUCCCGAGAAGCUGCAGUGGCGCGACGCCGCUUGGUAUGAGAGCGGUUCCGUCGAGAUUGUCAACGACGAGGUGACCGACGUGGACUUUUCCGGGCGCACUGUCACCACCAAGAACGGAGGAAAGCACGCCUACGGAAAGCUUGUACUCGCCACGGGUGGCACGCCGAGGAACCUGCCGCUGCAGGGCUUCAAGGUCCUAGAGAACAUCUUCACGCUGCGCACCAUCCACGACACGAAAAAGAUCACGGCGGCCAUUGGCGACAAGGGCAAGAAGAUUGUCAUUGUCGGCUCGUCGUUCAUCGGCAUGGAAGUCGCCAACGCCACAGCCAAGGACAACAAUGUCACCGUCAUCGGCAUGGAGAAGGUGCCUCUUGAGAGGGUUUUCGGCGAGAAGGUUGGCGCUGGCCUGCAAAAGGGUCUCGAGGGCAACGGCGUCAAGUUCUACAUGUCGGCCGGUGUCGACAAGGCCGAGCCCUCGGCAUCCGACCCUUCCAAGGUCGGUUCUGUACACCUCAAGGACGGCACGAAGCUCGAGGCAGACCUCGUCAUUCUUGGCGUCGGCGUCGCGCCCGCCACGGAAUUCCUGCAAGACAACAAGGUCCUCCGCCUCGAGAAGGACGGUUCCAUCCAGACGGACGAGCACUACUCUGUCACGGGCCUCAAGGAUGUCUACGCCGUCGGCGAUAUUGCGACCUUCCCCUACCACGGCCCGGGCGGAGACGGCAAGUACACACGCAUCGAGCAUUGGGAUGUCGCUCAGAACGCCGGUCGCACAGUCGCCAGCCACAUCAUCAGCGCCUCGGUCAAGCAGGAGGUCUCGAUCCCCAUCUUCUGGUCGGCCCUGACAGCGCAGCUGCGAUACUGCGGCAACACGGCCGGCGGUUGGGACGACGUGGUCAUCCAGGGCAACGUCGAGGAGAACUCGUUUGCCGCCUACUACUGCAAGGGUGACACGGUCGUCGCCAUGGCUUCCAUGGCCAGGACCCAGCCAUGGUACAGUCUGCUGAGCUGA